GCUUCACGGCUUCGACCGGGCCUGUUUUCGCCUAAGCGUGACCCCAGUCCUCCGCAACGCCCCGAUGGCCUCGGAACACACACAACUGCCGGGGAUAGGCUUCGCAUCUGCCAAGUGUAGCUCAUGGUAUGGGGUCUGGGAACGAGUGUCUUACUACUAAUAAGAGGGAUAUACAAUACUACCAGCAUACAGGUUUAUUCAAACAAAGACAUCAUCAUCGUGCUCUCGUCAACGGCUUCAACCAACUCGUCGUCGCGGCCUUCCACGGCUCUGCCCGGCACCCAAGACAUUCCCGGCACGGGAGUCAAUGGCAAUGGACUGACUCUUGUUGCUCCAUAUGUGUGGGAUUUCAGACCGAAGCUGAAUUCUGAUUACGUGUUCGACCCGAAACAUAACCGCAGUCCGCAUAGCACCCCUUUGCACAUGAAGGCGUGGUAUGUUGGUGGAUUAAUUAUGAACAAUAUGAGUAAACGGGAUCCCUUCUCGUUGUCGACACAACCUCCUCCAAGGAAAGUCAUCAACAAGACAUGCUCUUCAAGUCACACCUCGACCCAGAACAACGCGGCAACGUAUGAGCGCCGCCAUCUAUCUAACUUACACCGUCACUGCGACUCCCUUCCAUAUGCCUGACCAUGUUCAUGACCUUGACCGUCAUCUCGCUGCUAUGUCUGGCUUUUCAGGCAGUGGAUGCAUCAGCAGUCCCUCCCCCUAGGAAGGAUGGACAGGCGCCAUUGGAACAGCUUGUAUUCCGCCGUUGGGGACUGAGACCUUGCGUCUCUUGGCCGCGUGAUCCUGUAUUCGACGAAGCU